CACGGUGGCUCUGUGUCACGGCGGCGCGCUCAAGAGCUGCAGACUCAGGAACGCGCGUCGUCCUUUGGCAUGGAUGGGAUCAGCAAGAGGGACGCGACUGAAAGGCUGGUGUAAGGUUUCCUUCCUCUGCCCUCACCUCUACAUACAGCAGCCUCACAGACAGACGGAGCCACCAGCCUGCAGGAAGAGUGCUGCCCAGCCAAUGUUUCAUAUCUCCAUUGUCCCAGUGCAAACAGUUGGCUGCUGAUAACUGCAGUCCACUCAGCUUGAUUGGUUAUAAUCUAGAUGCCACAGGACCCCAAUACAAGAGUCUGCUGAAGAAAAGAAUCUGAGGAUAUAAUUAUAGUUUUUCCUCGUCAUCCUUGAAGUUUUCUUUGGUAGUUUUUUUCUUGGACCAAGUGCAAUCAUGGGGGCCACGGGCUACGGCUACUAUCGUGUGGUCAUCUUCAUCUGCAUGUUCAUCGGCUACUCGCUGUACUUCUUUAACAGGAAGACCUUCUCCUUCGUCAUGCCCUCUGUGAUGGAGGAGAUUGAACUGGACAAAGAUGACCUGGGUCUGAUCACGAGCAGCCAGACCAUGGCCUAUGCCAUCAGUAAGUUUAUCAGCGGCGUGCUGUCAGAUCAGAUCAGCGCCCGCUGGCUUUUCUCCAUCGGCCUCUUCUUGGUGGGCGGCAUCAACGUGGUCUUCUCCUGGACCUCCACUGUGUCCAUGUUCUCACUGCUCUGGUUCAUCAACGGCCUGGGACAGGGCUGUGGCUGGCCCCCGUGUGGGAAAGUGCUGCGCAAGUGGUAUGAGCCCUCCCAGUUUGGAACAUGGUGGUCAGUGCUGUCCUGCAGUAUGAACCUGGCCGGGAGUCUGGGUCCAAUCCUGGUCACGGUGCUUCUGCAGUACUAUGACUGGAGGGCUAUCCUGACCAUGUCCGGCAUUUUCUGUGCCGCCUUCUCAUUUGUUUGCCUGGUGUUUGUAAAGAAUGAGCCAAAGGACGUGGGCCUACCCAGCAUCCAGCCAGCAGCCAAGAAGGGAGCGAAGGGAGGCAACAGUGAGAGCACGCUGAGUGAAUUCCUCCUCUCUCCUUUCCUGUGGGUGCUGUCUCUGGGCUACUUGGUGGUGUUCGGGGUGAAGACGGCUGCCACUGACUGGGGACAGCUGUUCCUCAUGCAGGAGAAAGGCCAGACUGCUCUUAUGGGUAGCACCUACAUGAGUGCCUUGGAGGUGGGAGGUUUUGUGGGCAGCCUCGCAGCAGGCUUCAUCUCAGACAGAGCAGUAGCUCGGCAAGGCUUGGGCACCCACGGCAACCCUCGUCACGGCCUGCUCAUUUUCAUGAUGGCUGGUAUGUACGUGUCCAUGUACCUCUUCAGAGUCACAAUCACGCCGGAAAUCCCAAAGGAGGCUCCUCUUUGGGUCCAAGUCAUUCAUCCUGUGUCCGUCCUCAUUGGUGUGUCAGAAAAAGAGAUCUGGAUCCUCUUCCUUGGUGCUAUGUUUGGAUUUUCUUCUUACGGACCAAUUGCCUUGUUUGGGGUGAUAGCCAGUGAAAGUGCUCCUUCAAAUUUCUGUGGAACCUCUCAUGCUGUUGUAGCCCUGAUGGCUAAUGUGGGGGCUUUCAUGGCGGGGCUUCCCUUCAGCACUGUUGCCAAACGACACAGCUGGGACAUGGCUUUCUGGGUAGCCGAGGUGGUAAUGGCCAUCGCAACCAUCGGAUUCUUCCUUGUACGCAACAUGCGAACCAGAAUGGGACGAAGCGCAGAGAAAAUGGACUAAUGCACCUGCCUGAAAUGAGCCAACUGUCAAUGUCCUCUUAUGUGACUGGACAGACUGUGUUUUUGCACUGUUGAGUCCUCUGUGUGCAGAAGACUGCACAUUAAUACAGAUCCAAUUAGACCAAACUAAACCACGGUCAAACAAAAACUAAUCUGACAUUUUGUCCUGAUUUAUUGGGUUGAUGUAGAUGCUCAGGGCAGGUGUAGGUUGUUAAAUCACUUUAAAUUCACAAUCAGGUCUUUUUGUCUCACACUUUUUUUCUCAUAUUCAACAGUACAGUAAGUACAGUAGAUCGCAAUUGUUCAUCACAUGAUCACAUUUUAGUGCUUCCUCUUGAUCCUAGAAAACAGUUUUCAUAUAGGGAAAUUUAAAAGUUGCUUUAUGACAGCUGUGUGCUAAAGAGGCGUGAAAGUCUGUAAAGGUUUGGGUGGAUUCUGUUGAGAUGAAACUAGCUGCUCACUGCAUACCCCCACUGCCUUCAAUGGAGGUCGGUUAUAUUUAACAUAUUGAAUGUUUACUGACGGUUCUGUAAUUUAUAGACUAUUAUUUGUCUAGGUAUUUGCACAAAUGUUGUAGCAUGUAUCAUGGUCAUCGAUCAUUUUACUGAUACCUCAAGUAUUUGUAAAAUUGUAAUAGUUUCAUUAUUUCACUGAAAUGAAGUAACUGGAGAACAUGUUAUUUUUAUACACAGUUCUGUGAUAAAUGAUACAGAUACACUGUGAUGCAGUAAUCUGAGACCAUGUCAGCUUUUGUGAUCUGACGCGUUUUUAAGGGUCUAUAUACAUCAAACUUUUACUACAGGUGUUUAAUCACUGCCAUUGUAGUUGUGUACAACAGUUACAACCCUGGAUUAUAUAUUGUUACCUUUCUCAUCUCUAAAAUCUGUGAGUCGUGUCAACUCUAUUAAUAAGGGAUCUACACUCAGUGCCACAUUGGCAAAUUUCUAUCUUACAGGAAUUGUACCAUGGACUUGAAAGAUUAAGGAAACCUAAUAAAUGUGAAGUGUACUUUGGUGGUUUUAUGUUUAAACUGUCAGUAAUUCAAUUUAGCACUUACAUCCUUACUGUGAGAUUUUUUUUCGUCUGUCAUGGACAAAAAGACUUAAAGCCUUCGAAAAACUGGGAGGACCAUGUCCGUGUCUAUAUAACCCACAUGGUGAAAGGACUU